CUUCCCAAACAGCAAGUGACAUUCCAGCUGAUGAUGGCGGUUGGUGCCGCUGUGAUUGGCUCCGUGCAGUUUGGCUACAACACUGGAGUCAUUAAUGCACCCCAGAAGAUCAUUGAGAGCUUCUACAAUGACACCUGGUAUGACAGAUACUCUGAAUACAUCCCAAAGGCUUCCCUCACCACACUCUGGUCCAUCUCAGUGGCCAUCUUCUCUGUGGGCGGCAUUUUCGGAUCUUUCUCUGUGGGACUCUUUGUCAACCGUCUGGGAAGGAGGAACUCUAUGCUCAUUGCUAAUAUCCUGGCCUUCUUGGCGGCUGCUUUUAUGGGCUUCUCCAAGAUGGCUUCAUCCUGGGAGAUGCUGAUCAUUGGACGCUUUAUCAUAGGACUAUACUCUGGCCUGUCCACAGGGUUUGUGCCAAUGUAUGUUGGUGAAAUUGCCCCAACCUCACUACGUGGAGCUCUGGGAACUCUGCAUCAGCUGGGUGUGGUUAUUGGCAUUCUGGUUGCACAGAUUUUUGGCAUUGAGUCCAUCAUGGGGACUCCCACCCUGUGGCCUUUACUUCUGGGCUUCACCUUCAUCCCAGCCGUGAUGCAGUGUGCCCUGCUGCCCUUCUGCCCAGAAAGCCCCCGUUAUCUCCUCAUCAACCAAAAUGAGGAGAACAAAGCCAAGAGUGUGCUGAAGAAGCUGCGGGGCACAGAUGAUGUGGGUGCUGACAUGCAGGAGAUGAGGGAGGAGAGCAGACAGAUGAUGAGGGAGAAGAAAGUGACUAUCCUGGAGCUCUUCCGCUCCCCACUCUAUCGUCAACCUCUCCUUGUUGCUGUUAUGCUGCAACUCUCCCAGCAGUUGUCAGGAAUCAACGCAGUUUUCUACUACUCCACUACGAUAUUUGAGAAAGCAGGAGUGUCCAAGCCUGUCUAUGCCACCAUAGGUGCAGGAGUUGUUAACGUGGCCUUCACAGUGGUGUCGCUGUUUGUGGUGGAGCGUGCGGGACGCAGAUCGUUGCAUCUCGUUGGUCUGAUGGGAAUGGCUGUGUCCGCUGUUCUUAUGACCAUCGCCAUGGCGCUGCUGGAUCAACUCAAAUGGAUGUCCUAUGUCAGCAUUGUGGCGAUUUUCAGUUUCGUUGCAUUCUUUGAGAUUGGACCCGGGCCCAUUCCGUGGUUCAUCGUGGCCGAACUCUUCAGUCAAGGACCACGGCCGUCUGCCAUCGCUGUGGCUGGUUUCUCCAACUGGUUGGCCAACUUCAUUGUGGGAAUGUGCUUCCAGUAUGUGGAGCAACUGACGGGCCCGUACGUCUUCAUCAUCUUCACCGUACUGCUGCUCUUCUUCUUCGUCUUCACCUACUUCAAGGUGCCAGAGACCAAGGGCCGGACUUUUGACGAGAUUUCCGCAGGCUUCCGUCAGAACGCUGGGAAGUACGCCACAGAUGAGGCCAAUACCUUGGGGGCUGACUCCCAGCUCUAG